AUGGCACAACCUAACAUCCUCUAACCCCACUCUGUCCCCUCCCGCACCAUGGCACAGCUUGCCCCCUCUGAUUUCACCUUGCCCCCUGCCCGAGAAUAGACUGCCUGUGAUCCCAUCCUCCUGGCACAAUCUGCCCCCAUUUUGCCCCUUCCCCAUGCUUCCAUGGCACCUAGACUGACCAGGCCUUUGUCUUUGGCAGCUUUGUGUACACAGAGAUAUCAUGCAGUCUUCCCCAACUCUCCCCAGUCUGUUCCCUGCUGCUGCUGACCCAGGUGGCAGAGAGCCCAGGAGCUCCCAGCCAGUGGAGCAUGGCUGGGCCUGGGAUGUCCGCCAGAGCCUUGCUUCCCAGCUCCAAGAGACAGGGAGGCCUGACCCCCAGCACUUAGACGCACUCGUGGCUGAGCUGAUCGCUGUGUUUGCGAAGGUGCUGCAGAGGAGCAGCCGAAGUGCCUGGCUGCACCUGCUGGAUGUCCUGCAGCUCCUCAGCCCCUUCCGGGAGCAGCUGCGUUGCCGGGAGGAGCUGCUGCCCUACAUGGAGAACCUCUGUUACCAGUACUACCACAGUCAGGCCCUCGUGUCUGACCUAGAUGUCCUAGGAGCCAUGGGCCAGGCCUUCCCCAGGGACAACUCGGAGCUGUGUGCCCAUCCACUUGCUGCACGCUACAGGGAUCCAGUGCCCCUAGCCAAUUUGCUCCCUGUUGGCUCAGAGCCAGCCUUCGCAGGGCAGCCCUGCCCCUUUGUCCUAGACCAGGAGGUAGAAGAACCAGCAGCUCUGUGCCAGCCAGGCCCAGUGUCUUUGCAGGAGCUGCAGAGAAGUGUGGGUCUGGUGGGCAUGGAGGUGGCUCAGAAGGAGACCCAGUGGAAAAGCAACCUGGGCCUCAUGUCCCUCGCCCUUGGUACAGAGGUGCCUGUGAAGUAUUGCUGUGCUGAGCCGAGGCUCCUUCCAGACCCAGGCCGAGAGGCUGCCAUGCCCACCCAACAGGUGGUGGAAGGAGAGCUGGGCUUCUCCUGGCAGUCCCUGACGGGGCUCCGGGCUGCUGAGAUUUUUGUGAGGAACAGGCACCUGGGGAAAAUCAACUUUGUCUACCUCAACAUUGCCCCCGACAGGCACUUCAGACCCUACGACCUGGUUGUGGUUCCUAAGCGGCAGGCCAACCCCCAGCACUAUGUCUUCUCCCCCUUUGGGGUGCUGCAUGUGCACCCUGAAGAAGGUGCUGAGGCCCUGACACUUGGAGAGUGGCACCGAGAGGCCAUGCUGUGGCAGCUACUCCAGUGCAUCCCCUUCUUCAGGCAUUACGUUGUCCGCAAAGCCUUUGCCCGCUGGUGGCAAAAUGUGAAGCACCUGCAGCUGCUAACACGCCAGGAAGCCCUGGGCAGCUACCUGCUCCUGGCUGUGCCCCACUUUGGAGCAGCACUGCUCCACAUCUCCAGACUCCUGCAGGAGCUAAGAUCUGUACACUGGCUGCCCCAGGAUGACUCCAAAUGCUACACCUUCCCGGAGCUACAGCAGGCCCUGGCCCAGGAGAAUGGCCGUGCCCGAGGCCUGCUCAAGAGGUUCCUCACCCUCUGCUCAGCCAUUCUCGAGCUGGUGCGGGAUGACACCUACAAGAUGGUGCAUGGGCUGCAGAUCCAAGCACAGAGCUACAAGCUCUACAUCACCAAGGAGUCCCUGUAUCUUCAGAGAGUCCACUACAGGGACCUGGAGAGGAGGCUGAAGGAGGCUGAGUUCUGGAUGCAGAGGCUGGGCAGCCUGGCCCAGCUGGUGAACCUCCUGACCUGCCAGAACUUGGUCUCCAUCGUGCAGGAGAAGGUCACAGCGUUCGUCAGCAAUGUCAUGAAGGCCAAUGGUACCACACGGAAGGCUGUCCUCCGAGUACACCUGGUGUUUGAUGCUGACAGCCAACUGGUCCCCUUUCCCUCCAGUCAGGUGCUGGAAACCAGCCUGCUGGGGGCCCUGGAGGCCGUGGUGGAGUCUGUAUUGCAGGUGACCCGCACCAGAAAAGAGAAGCCAGUGACCCAACCUGAGCAGAGUCCUGGAGAGACAGAGAGUCUCAGAAGUCAGGACUUGGCAAUGGUGCUGUGCAAACCCCAGCCAAGUGCCUUUCUAGAGACAGAUAAAGGAGGCCCUGGGGCCCCCGAGCCCCAGUCCCUCGAUGAGCUGCUCCAGAGUCUGCCUGCUGAGGAGCUCUGUGGCCAGGAGCCACAGCUGGUGCAUCAUCUGGAUCUGAAGGUCAUCGGGGGUCUGGAGGUGAGUGGGCACCGGCUGAGGAGCCAGUACCCAGUGCCAUCGAGGGAGCAACUGGAGCAGGACCUGCACUCGGACAGCAGUAUCCAGGGGGCCCUGGCCAGCCAGCGGGCUUUGCUGGCGGAGGCACUGAGUGAGACCCAGGAAAUCUGCAAACAGCACACAUGGGUGGCAGAGAUCCACAGCUUUGCUCACAGCUGGAGCCCCAAGCAGCUGGAGCUGAUGAAGGGCUGGCCUGCGGGCAAAUAUGUGCAGCGAGUCGUACAGCUGCGUGCCUGGACAGAACGUGUCAGAGAGGUGCCCUCCAUGAUCAUCACCUGCAACCGGCUCCUCAUGGUGGAUUGCAGCACCAUGCAGCAGGAGACUGUGUCCCUGCUAGACUCUAUCAUCAAGGAGAUCCUCUCCCUGCUGCUGAGUGAGACGUCCCAGCGCAGUGAGAUCCUCAUUUCUGAGCUUGGCGGGGUCUUGCAACUCUACCAGAGUGUCAGCACUGACAUCAUCAUCAUCGCCAAGUGCUCUCAGAAGCUGGAGCAAUACGAGGGUCAGAUGACAGAGCUGCAAGAGCGUGUGGAGUAUGUGCGAGCUCUGAACGAGGUGAUCCGUCAGCACUUCCGCCCAUUCAGCCUGGAUGAGGAGAACCUGGAGAACCUGCUCCUGGACACCUGGGAGGCCUUCAAGUACCAGCAGCAGGAGGCCUCGGACUUCAUUGUCUCACGGCGCCUCAGCAUCGUUGCUGAGCUGGUUGACUCACUGCAGAGAGGCAGACAGGAGCUGCAGGAGUUGCUGACCAUGGCCACCACAGGGCAGUUCCUGGACCCCUCCCAGAGCCCGUGUGCCAUGGAGCAAGAGCUGCAAGAGCUGCACUGCCGCUUCCAGGCCAUGGCCACCCGUGUGGCUGAGCUAUGCCGCUCCCAGAGGAUCCUCACAGGGGAGGGGACAGACGUCUCCUUCGUGGCCAGGAGCCGGGGGCUCAUUGAGGCCCAUAAGCAUGUCUGGAAGCUGUUCCGCACCAUCUCCGAGCAGAUCACUGAAUGGAGGUGCCUCGCCUUCAGCAAGUUCAACGCCCCACUGGCCACGGAGAAGAUGGCUGAGUGGCAGAGGGAAGUAUCCCACAUGGAAGAGUCCCUGCCUGCCGAUCACCCCAUCCUGCAGGCCUGUGUGCACAUGAUCACUAGUUUCCAGCAGUUUCUGCCCCUGCUUCAGAAGUUGGCCAGCUCGCUCAUGAAGAAUAGCUGCUGGAGGGAGUUCUUCAUGGCAAUGGGAGUGAAGUGCCCUGGCAACCUGCAGUUCACGCUGGGCCAGCUGCUGUCCUACCCGUUACUGGAGCACAGCGACACCAUCCUCAAGAUCUGGUCAAGUGAGCGAGGCUGUUGCCAGUCCCUGGACAACCUGCGCCGGUUGCAGAAGGCCUGGGCUGAGAGGCAGUUCCGCUUGGUCAACUUCAUCCUGAGCGUGCCCUACCAGGCCCCACUGCCUGAUCGUGCCUGCCGCCCACCCAACAGGCGCUACCGCCCACCCAAGCAGGAGUACAUUUCCAAGGACAGCGGCACCUUCGUGCUGGCUGACACAGCAGAACUCAAAGCCCUGACGGAGAAAAGCCUGUUAACCUUGAAGAACAUCAUCCUCUCACCCCACGCCAUGGAGCUCCGGGAGGAGGCAGAGAGCUGGACCAGUACCUUGCGUGGCUUUGGAGCCCUGCUGGACGUCUGGGUCAGUUUCCAGCAGAAGUGGAUUUUCCUGAAUAUAGUGCUGUAUGAGAUGGACAUCAGCCUGCCCAGCGGUGAGCUGGAUUGCCUGUUCCAGAAGCUGGACAGCAGGUUCCGGGAGCUCAUGCAGGUGACAUCCAAGCAUCCCCUGGUGCUAUCCAGCGUGAUGCCUAUGGCCACCUCCAACCGGGAGAGCCGCUUUAUGGGUGUGCCCCUGCAGACCAUGCUGAGUGAGGGUGUUGAGGACCUGCAGCUCCUCAUCCACGCACUGGAGUAUGUGCUGGAGGCUACGCGCAUGGGCUUCCCCCGCCUCUUCUUCCUCAGCAACACAGAGGUGGUGGCUAUGGUGGCCUCACCAGCGGAGCCCAUGGAGGUGACCAUCUGGGCCCGCCGCUGCUUCCCAACAGUGCACCAGCUGGCCUUCCGCCAGCCCUCGACCACUCGAGACCCUGUCACCUAUGCUGCCCUGCUGCCCGUGUCAGAGGCCACGGGCCUGGUGGGAGCCUGUGGGGAGACAGUGCCGCUGUGUUCCCCGUUGCCCCUCAACCAGAAGGUCACUAAAUGGCUGUGCGCCCUGGAGCAGCGCAUGAAGGAGUCCCUCUUCCACCUGCUGCAGGCAUGCAUGGCCCAGCGCCUGGCCCUGCGGCCCCAGCUUGACGUGGCCUUCGAGCAGCGCCCAGCUCCCAGCGAGCUGCCACGGCACCUGCUGGUGGAGCACUGGGGGCAGCUGGCAACAGACUUCCCAGCGCAGUGCGUGCUGCUGGCUGAGGAGGCCUUGUGGUUUGCAGAUGUGCAGGAGCGGCUCUUCGGCACCGUGCGCAGGCCUGGCCUCAAGCUCAAGCACAGACUGAAGCUGGAGGCCCUGGCCCACUAUGUCCGCAACUACCGCAGCAGCCACGCUGGGCAGCCGGGCAGCGCCCAGCUCAGCACACUGCUGGGGGCCCUGCUCACUGUCACUGUGCACCAGCGUGAUGUGCUGACCUGCCUGCUGGAGCGCAAAGUCGACUCACCCACUGCCUUUGCCUGGGCCCAGCUGCUCAAGUACCGGCUGGUCCUGCACCCCGAGAGCGCCAGGGCAGUCGGGGCCCCCAUUGAGAGCUGGGCUGCCAGCCCCCCCCGCUGCUGGGCUGAGAUCCUCGACAUCCGCCUGCACUAUGACUAUGAGUAUGUGGGGAACUGCCCCCACCUGGUGGGGAGCCCCCAGCUGGACAGGAGCUUCCUGGGCUUCCUGCUUGCCCUGGAAGAGUUCCGCUGUGGUGCGGCUCUGGGCUACCACGGGGUUGGGAAGACGGCCACCAUGCAGCACCUGGCCAGGGCUCUGGGGCGCCAGCUUGUCACCCUGCACUGCUCCCAGCAGAUGGGCCUGGGCUGCCUCCACCAACACCUGAGUGGGGCUGUGCAGGCCGGGGCCUGGCUGCUGCUGGAGGCUGUGGACCAGCUGGGGCCCAGCAUCCUGUCAGGGUUCAGCCAGCUCCUGUCAGACCUGCAGAUGCUCUGCAUGGGCCUGCAGCCAGAGAAGGGCCAGGUGACCCCCAACCACAGAUCCAAGAAUAAGGACAGGGAGGGGCAGGAGCAGCCUGCAAGGGCCCUGCCAGAGCUGGUCCUGGAUGAAGCAGAGCCAUACCAGUCCCGCGUGCUGGGGAAUAUCCUCUUUGGGGAGCGGCUGCUGCAGGUCAGGGAGACCUACGGCUGCCUGGCCACCCUGCAGCGUCUCCCUGAGCUCCUGCGCCUGGCCUUGCGCCCCGUGGCCCUGCUGCCCCCUGACCUGCACAAGGUGGCCGAGGUGACCUUGCUGGCAGCUGGCUUCCGGGAAGCAGCACACCUGGCCAAGAAGCUGAGCUAUUUCUUCUGGCUGGAGGGGGAGCUGGGCCCAGGCCCUGCACCCAUCCGGCUGGCCCUGUUCAAGGGGGUCAUUGAGGCAGCCAUUGGCAUUGUGUAUCCGCCCAUGGUGAGACCACAGCCAGAGCCCAGGCAGCAGCUCACAGCCCAGCAGUCAUCCUUUGAGGGUCUGGCUGAGGAGCCUGCCCUCAUCCAAGCUCUCUGCCUCUCACCCUUCUUGUCUGCCCUGGAGGACCCCCGGCUGAGUAGAGUGUGGGAGCUGCUCCGAGGGGUCUUCCCUGCAUCCUGCUCCCUGUUCCCUGAGGCCCAUGCCCCACCCAGGCUGCUGAGUGCCGUGACAGCACAGCUGCAUGAGGACAAGCUCCACGCAGACCCCGAGCUCACCAGCACCAUAGUGCAGCUUUCCCAGGCCCUGCUGGGCUCGCCAGGGGUCCUGCUGGUGGGGCCUGCAGGCAGCGGGAAGACCACAGCCUGGAAGACCCUGGCCAAGGUGCUGAGCAGGCUGGCUGUGAGCAAGUCCUUGGAGCUGGCGCCAGGGGUGGGCAGUCCAGGCACUCAGAAGGACAUGGCAUAUCUGCCUAUCAGCACUGUCUGCCUCUGCCCCAAUAGCCUCAGCACCUCUGAGUUCCUGGGCAGGCUUGAGGGAGGCAUCUGGAGGGAGGGUGUUUUCUCCAGGCUCCUGCAGAGAAUGGCUUCCUCAGCCCCUGCCACUGGGCUGAGCGGGCUAGGCACCCAGCAAUGGAUGGUGCUGGAUGGGUCUGCCAGCUCCGAGUGGCUGGAUCCCAUCUCGUCGCUGUUCAGUGCAGAGCCCGCUCUCAGCCUGCCAACUGGGCAGUGCCUCCACUCCCCAGAGGGCGUGAAGUUCCUCUUUGAGCUGCCUGAUGUCUCCAGCAUCUCACCAUCCAUCUCCACACGGUGCGCCCUCCUGCACUGUGGGGGCUCAUGCGUCUGGCGAGCACUGCUGGCCUCAUCCCUAGCCACCAUCUAUCACAGGUAUAGUGUGAGCCAGGAGAGUGUGGUCAUGCUGCGUCGCCUCGCUGAGGAUGUCUUCCCCCCUACGCUCACCUUCCUGCAGCAACACUGCAGCUCCCUGCUGCAGCCUCACGCCGACCUGCGCAGCCCCAUGGCCUGGGGCGUCCCAGAGACCACAGCCUUCACCAGGCUCCUGAAGGCUCUGCUGGACCGACACCUGAGCCAUGACAAGGCGAAGGCCCAGCCUCUGAGAAGGGAGGAACAGGCAGUGGCUGAGAACAGCUGUGCAGGGGUGUCAGCUGUCCCUUCACCCUGGGGCUUGGAUGAAGCUGUCCCCUCCCAUCACCACCUGCUCGUCCGCAGCAUCUUUGUGUUUGCCUACAUCUGGGGCUUCAGUGGCCACCUGCACCCCAGACACUGGGCCUUCUUUGACAGCUUUGCCCGCAGAGUCCUGUACAGCAGCUGCUACACCAUAGAGCUGCCUUCAACUGAUUCUGUCUUUGACCUCUAUCCCCAGCCUGAGGAUGGGAAACUAGAGGUCUUUGAUGGGAAGUAUCUGUCCGGCAGAGUCAAGGCAGUUCCUGUGAGCUUCACCAUCCUGCCCCAGUAUGAGCGACUCCUCUAUGUGCUGGACCUGCUCCUGGGAUCCAGGCAGCCAGUGCUCCUGGCCGGGGAGCCGGGCUGCGGCAAGUCGUCCUUCGCGGAGCUGCUGAUCCAGCCCAAUCACUCCUACCACCGUGUCGCCAUCUCACCUGCCCUUGGCGCGGGCCACGUGCGCCAUCUGCUGGAAAGCCACAUCCUGGGCAGCACGCGGGACAAGGCCCUGUUCACCAGCCUCCCCGGAUCCCGGUCCCCUGCCGCCAGGGGCAGGAGGAGCUGCUACCUGCUCCUGCUGGAUGACUUGCACGCUGCCGAGCUGGAUGCCAGGCAGGGGAGUCACCCCGUGGUGGAGACCCUGCGCCAGGCCCUCUCUCACCAGGAGGUCUAUGGCGCCGAGAGCCUGGAGCUCCGACAAGUCCCUUCAGCAGAGUUCAAUUGCUUUGGCUUGGUGGCUGCCCCAGCGAUCGGUGUCCACCCGCUCUCCCCUCGCUUCACUCGGCUCUGCAGCAUCCUCUCGCUCCCCAGUGUCUCCAGGGAGUCUCUGAUCAGCAUCCACAGACCCCUGGUCCUGGCCUGGCUGGAGAAGUUCCCCCUGAUGGCCAGGCACAGCGAGCUGGCCACUGCCCUGGUGGGGGCCACUGUGGACGUGUACGAGGCCAUGACAGCCAGAUUCCGCUCCUCACCCGCCUGCUACCACUUCUCCUACCACCACAUCGAGAAGGUUCUCAGGGGCCUCUUCCUCCUGCGGCCCUGCCCCGGGAUCCAUCUCACUAGCCCUUUGGAGGACACCAGCACCCUCAGGGCUGGAAAGCGAGCCCAGCCGGGGACAAGCCUCAGCCUCACGCUGAGCACCCGGGUCAUCGUCCGUCUCUGGCUGCAUGAGUCGCUACGCAUCUUCUGUGACCCGCUGCUGUCGGAGCGCGAGCGGCAGGAGAGCGGGCAGCUGCUGCUGGAUGUGGCUGCCAGGACCUUCUGCACCAAGAGGAGCGUGCUGAGGGUGGUAUCCACCCGUGACAAAGAGCUGCUGCAGCACGAGCGAGCCAGGAGCGUCAUUGAGCCCGCCGGGCAAGACGCUGCCAUGGAGCUGGGUGCUGAGCAGGGUGUGCUGGCUGACAGCCAUGAGGAGCCUUCCUCGCAGAGUAGCAGUGACGAGGACUGGCCAAACGCCUUCGAUCCCAUAGACCAGGCCCCCGCCCUGGCCCUGGACCAGCCGGACACAGUACCGUUCAGGGACUCUGCCCUGGGCGCACUGGAGUCCGAUGGGGCAGAGGCGACUGAGAUGAAGAGAAUGGUUUCCAUCCAGCCCUUUCCAGCCCUGCGCCCUCACUUCCAGGAGCAGCACUCGGCCAUGGGGCGCCGCACCAGCACCCGCCGAACCACCCCCCUGAAGAGCAAGCACAGGCCCUCCAUCAAGAAGGAGAGCACCAAACCCCUGCUGCCCUCCCACCUCCUGCUGCUGCCAGGAGAGGACGUGCACAACAUCCUCUUCAGCAGGGAGCUGGCGCCGGCCUCCUCCAGCCAGGAGAGCCUCUACCACGAGAGGUGCUGGGACGCCAUCCAGCGGCAGCUCAGCACCUUCCUCCCCAGGGGCUUCGUGCUGUGCAGAGAAGUCACCCAGCACCUGGUGCGCCUGCUGCGGGUGCUGUGCUGCCCACAGGGGCAUGGGGCCCUCCUCUCCCUGCACCUCUCCACCGGCAGGAGGUCCCUGGUGGCCCUGGCUGCCAACGCCACCUGCUCCCAGCUCUUUGAGCUGACGGGGCAGGCAGGGGAGUGGGAGGUGAGAGAGCUGAUCAGGAAAGCCAGCUGGCAGGCUGGGAUCCUGGACACUAGAGCCGUGGUGCUGGUGCACCAGGGGGUGGCGCCGGGCACCAUGCAGAAGCUGGUGGAUCUGAUGAGAGAGGGCACCUACCCUGGCCUGUACACCGCUGGAGACACUGCACACAUCGUGAAGGAACUGCUGCAGGAAAACCAGAACAUCAAAAGGACCAUGAGGCCCAACAUGGUCCUGCAAAGGUUCUACCAAUUUGUGAGGAACAAUCUGCACAUGCUGCUGCUGCUGGAUGGGCGCAAGGGCUGGGCGAAGGGCAGGGGGCCCUGGGGUUACCCCACAGCCAUGGCCACAGCCAUGCUCACCCUCACCUGCAGCACUGAUGUGUACCAGCCCUGGAGCCAGGAGUCCCUGGUGCAGGUGGCUACCCAGCGCCUGGAAGAUGUCCUCAGCCAGCAGCCCCUGCAGAGCCCAGUCCCAGCGUCACUGCAGGCCCUGGAGAAUUCGCUUGCCAGCAUUGCCUCAGCCAUGGCUUUGAUUCACCGCUCUGCCAGCUGCUACGCCACACAUCUGGCCCCCACCAUGCCCCUCGUCACCCCAAAGACCUUCCUGGAUUUCCUCGACAUUUUCCUCAUGUUCUCAGCACAGUUGCAAAGGCAGAGCCAGACUCAGGCUGAUCGGAUGAAGCUUGCUCUGACCAAGAUGUGGGCAGUGAGUGAGAAGCAGCGGGAGCACAACCGGGACAUCAAGUACCUGCAGGAGAAACUUCGCAUGGCCAAGGAGCAAGUGGCCAGGUGCCGACGGUGGGCGGAGCAUGAAGAAGUGGUGCAGAAGCAGCAGGAGCAGGACUGUCAGCACCGCGAGGCACGUAUUGAGAUCCUUACACAGGAGCAGCAACUGCUGGAGCAGAGCAAGGAGUCUGCCACGAGAAAGAUGAAUACUGAAUACAAGGCAGCACUGGCUGGACUGCAGGUGCAGGACAUUGAGGAGUUGCGGAGCUACCGGUUACCACCAGCAUCCAUCCUGAGGGUGACGGAUACCCUGUGCAUGAUGUUCAACAAAGAGCCUGGCUGGGAGAGUGCCAAGCAACUGCUCGGCCAAGAGGACUUCUACCAGGAGCUGCUCUUCUACCCAAAGGACGAGCUCCCCAGCGACCUGUUCCAGGCUCUGGGCCAGGUGGUGUCGGAUGCGAGCUUCUGCGCUGCCUCCCUGCAGAGUAUCAGCAAAUCCGCAGCUGCCCUGUGCCAGUGGAUCUGCGCCAUCUAUUGGUAUCACCAGGCUCUGCGCAUUUGGGAGCCCACUUUGAUGCAGCUGCAGCAAUGCAAACUCCAGAUUCGGGCGGAGAAGGGGCGGCUGGGUGACCGGCACCUGCAGGCUGAGAAGCUGAAAGAGUUGAGCUCGGGCUGGGGCGUGGAGCUGCUGAAGGCCAUUGAGCAUCAGGAGGCCGUGGACCGCGAGCUCCGUCACAUCCUGCAGGAGAAGGAGAAGGCUGGCACCGUUGAGAGCUCGAUGGCAAUGCACGUGGCCAACUGGACAGCGGCAGUGAAGCUCUUGGAGCAGAACUGCAGCACGGCCCAGGGGGACGCACUCCUUUGUGCAGCUGCUGUCUCCUACUUGGGUGCCUUCCCUCCACCGCGGCGCCAGGAGCUGCUGGAGAAGUGGCAGGAUAUCUGUGCCAGGCGCCAAAGCUCCCUGGGGCCAGACGACGUGCGGAGGGUGCUGGAGAAGGAGCUGCCCUGCCCUGGCCCGGCUCCCCAUGGCCCAGCCCUGCUGCCUGUGCGUCAGGACUUCUGUCUGCUGACCAUGCUGAGCUCGGAGAGGGAGCAGCGUGCCUGGGUCAGGGCCCGGAAGCCACAGGACUUGGCCGGGCGCCAGGCUGCCCUGCUGCUCUGCACAGACGCUCACGCCUGCUCCCGCAGCUGGCCCCUGCUGCUCGACCCUGACCAGCAGGCCCUCACCUGGCUCCUCGUGGCACAGAAAGUGGAUGAGGACGAGUCCCUGCUCUUCGCUGGCUCGGACACGCUGUCCAGUGCCAAGGAGCCAGGGAGCAACAAAGAGUUACCUGAGAAAAAUCUCCAGGUGCUGUCAGCUACAGACCCCAGGCUGGAGCAAAACCUCCUGGCUGCAGCCAGCACUGGGUUGCCUGUCCUGCUCCUGGACUUUGAGAAGAGCCCUGGCUGCCCAAUUCUCCUGCAGCUCCUGCAGAAGGAGACACUGCUGGGGGCGGGGGGCUGCACCCUGUGCUCAGAAUCGCUCGGGGCUGUGGAGGUGCUGCCCUCCUUCCGGCUCUACCUGAGCACCACCCUGCCGCUCCGUGACUUGGGGGAAGAGAUGGACCACGCCUUCCUAAAGGGCCUGACUGUGAUUGACUUGAGCCUUAGCCAGUCAGCGCUGGAGGAUCUGCUGCUGGAGGAGGUCCUGAAUGCCGAGAAGCGGGAGGCCCAGACCCACUGGCGCACACUGCAGCUCAGCAUCCUGCAGCUGGAGGACAAGCUGGAGGACACGGAGGAGGAGUUGCUGGAGCUGAUCUCGCAGCCGUCGGGCCCCCUGCUGGAGGAGGAGGAGUUCCUGCCCCUCGUGCGGCUGCUGCAAAUCCAGCUUGAGACCCUGCACGCCAGCCACCAGCACCUGCUCUCCCUGCGCCAGCACCACCUGGCCAUGCAGGCCAAGUACCGGCAGGUGGCACGCCUGGGGGCAGCACUGCACCAGGCCCUGCAGCAGGUGUGCCGUCUGCACCCCUUGUACCACUGCUCCCCGGCCAGCUGCCUGGCCAUCGCCCACAGGGCCCUGCUUGCCACCAAGCGCGCAGUCGCCAGCAAGCAGGAGGCGCUGGAGGUGCGGCUGGUGGAGCUCAGCAAGUGCCUGUCCCGCCAGCUGCUGGCCAACGCUCAGCCACACUUGCAGGAGUCGCACAACCUGCUCCUCAGCUUCUUGGGGGCCCUGGCACCCCUCCGCCUGGCCGGCCAGCUCAGCCCGCUAGACUGGCUGGUAUUCUGCCAGGGGCUGCAGGCACCUGCAGUAGAGCAGCUGCUGCAGCCAGCCAGGGCAGCGAGGCCGGGCUGGGUGCGCGCCGCAGCCUGGCACGAGUGUGGGCUGCUGGAGGGCCUGCCUGGCUUCCAGGGCCUGCGGGCCUCCCUGGCCGAGCAGGCUGCCCAGUGGCAGGAGUACUUUCGCCUGCCUGCCACGGUGGUGGGCCCCGCCCUGUGCCCCAGCCACGCCCACCUCAGUCUCUUCCAGCGGGCCAUGCUGUGGCGCAUCUUCUGCCCGGAGAAGCUGAGCAGCAUGCUCCACGACCUCGUCAUCUGCCUGCUCGGCCGCCCUAUCGCCGAGGACGCCAGCUACAGCGCUGCCACCAUCUACACCUGCAGCCAAACCGACCUGCCCCUGCUCUUCCUCACCUCACCCUGGGGCCUGCCUGGCGCGGCCACACACCCGCUGCACUGGAUCCAGCAGAUGGCCAAGCAACGGCACUGUCUGGACAUUGUCGUCAUCUCCCUUGGCACCCCGGGCUGCAUGCACCAUGUGGCCGAAGCCCUUGGCACCUGCCCCAAGCUGGGCCACUGGCUGGUGCUGAACAACUGCCACCGCCAGGAGCGCUGGCCCCCGGCAGUGCUCGCACAGCUCAGCAAGCUCCAAAGAACCCCCGAAGGGGGGGCAAAGGCCCCUGAUCUGCCUCUGGCAGACAUGAAAGGGGACGAGAUCCACCCUAAAUUCCGCCUCUGGCUCAUCGCUGCAGCUGAUGCCACAGGGGCUGUGCCAGCUUUGCCUACCCAACACAUGGUGCCCCUUCCCCACAGGGUACAGUGCGCCAUCUGGGGCGAGUCUAAGCCCAAGCCACCCAUGGGCCGGGCCCUGUGGGCUUUAGGGGGAGGUGCUGUGCACCGCAGUGCAGUGACGCUCUUCUGCGAGACACCCCAGGAACUGAAGAGCAGCUUGCAGCGCAGCUACAGCCAGCUGCUGGGCCAGCCGGCCUGGCAUGCCGCGCAGGAGCAAGGGCUGGCCCUGCUGGUGCUGCACACAGUGCUGCUGCACAGACAGCACUACGGCAGCCUGGCACAGGCCCGGCUCUACCCCUGCUGCCCGAGGUCUCACCACCUGCUGUGUUCCCCCAGGAGCGAGGCGGAGCUGUUCACAGGCCUGAGGCUGCAGGAGCGGCUGGCGAAGGUGGUGUCCAAUCCUGAGGUGGCCAUGCAGGAGCUGGCAGGGUCGAUUCUCUAUGGCGGUUACAUCCUGGAUGCUGGGGACGCAGAGGCCGUGCAGAGCUUGAGCCAGCAGUGCUUGGGCAGUGCCUCGCGUCUGCUGCCCCCCCAGGGGGUGCAGACCCUCCUCACCACCCUCAUCAGGGGCUCUAAUCUGGGUAAGGAAGUGCCCCUGCUGCCCAGUCUGCUCCCCCAGGGGUGCAGGGAGCCCUUGAGGAAGCUGCAUGCCCCGGAGGGCAGAGAAUGGGGCUGGAGCUGGAGGAGCAGGGACACGGGGAGGAAGGGGGCUGCGACUGACUGUAGCUUUCUGCCCCCAGCUCUGCCAGAGGAGGAUGUGAUCGCAGACACCCGGGCCCGCAUACAGCAGCUCCCGGGCCUAGCAGACCCAGCCUCCUGUGGGCUGCACCAGGGCCUACAGCAGCAGCUGUUGGAGAGCCAGAGCCCAAGCCUGCUUGCAGACCUGCUGCGUUCUCAGGACCUCUGGCAGCCAGCCCCCGCGCUGAGCACCCAGCAGGAGGCCUUGGGGCAGCUGGUGCAGCAGGGGCUGGAGCUGGUGCAGGAGCUGCAGGACACGCUGCAGCAGCGAGGCUGGGAGGUGGGGGCCAAAGGGCGUCUCCCAAGCGGGCGCACGCGGCCGAAGCCCCGGCCCCUGCUUCGCUUCCUGCUGGAGGAGUGUGGCAGCUUCCUGGCUCUGCUGCAGCAGGUGGAGCGGGACCUGCACUGUGCUCGGGAGCAACUGAAGGGGCGGCCCUGCCAGUCCCCACGCUGCUCCACCAUCCUGCGGGCACUGGAGCAGGGACGCCUCCCCCGCCCCUGGCUGCCCUAUGCCCCCACUGGCCCCCAGGACACAAGCAGGUGGCUGCAGACACUGAAGUGUCGCUGCCAGCUUCUGUGCGGGUACCUGGGGCUGGCAGCUGGGCAGCCUGUGGUGCUCUAUCACCUCUCUGCCUUCCAGUACCCACGGCGCCUCCUGCUGGCACUGCUCCAGGAAGCAGCCCGGGUCAAGGAGGAGGACCUGGACCACUACCACCUGGACCAGCAGGUGCUGCCCUGCUUGCUACCGCCCAGCUCCCCCCCUGAAAGCGGGCUCUACCUGACCGGCCUGGAGCUGCACCACGCCCUGUGGGACACGCAGUCAGCCCUGCUCAAGGAGACGCUCUUGGCCCAGCCCUGCCUGCUGCCCCCCAUCUGGGUGCAGGCUGUGGGGGAGGCCUGGCGCGCUCCAAGGCCCACUGCUUCCCUGCUGCAGUACAGCUGCCCCCUCUACCUGGGCCUGCCUCAGCAGCCUGUGUGCUUGAGCAGCCAGCGGGCUGUGAUGCACCUGGCGCUGCCCUGCACGAUGCCACCCGCCCUGUGUGCCCAGCGCCGGGUGCACAUUGUCAGCACCCUACCCUGCUUGGAAUAGAGGAGAGAGCUGGGGUGUGGGACGCAGCAUGGCCCUCAGGAGAAGAGCAGCCACAGGCCACUGCGCUGGCACCAAGAGGGGCACCCUGUUACCCUGCCCCCACACUCCAGCGCAGCCCCACGAGGGCUCAGGACUUAGCUCAGGUGACCAGCAGGAAUCGCACAGCUCGGCUCUGGGACUGCCCAAAGGAACAGGCUGCAGCUGCGAUCCCCCCAUCACCGGCGCAGCAGCUGCAGCCAGACCCCCAUGAGCCCCUCUGGGGGCAUGGCCAC